AUGACAACGAAUUGGCAAGAAAACCAUGUACCAAUAAAAUUAAAAUUGAAUGAUGAUGAUGAUUCUUUUGAAGAAGAAAUAGAUAGAUUGAGAUAGUAAAAAGAAAUGCAACAAAAAUUAAAAUAACAGUAAGCAGCUAUUUAUGAUCAUAAUAAAAAGGUAAUGAAAUAAUCAACAUAGGCUGAAUAAUAAAGAUAACAAAUUGUUAAGGACAUCCUCCCAAAACACAAAGGAUUAUAACUAGCCUAUGAUUAUGACGGAACUUUUAUGUUAGCUAAAGAUUUCACAUAAGUAAAAAAUAAUUAGAGAGCACCUGAAAUUCGUAAGAUUACUUAAGUAGAUACUGUAUUUUAACCAUAGAAACCUGUUUAAUAAGCAGUUAUAGAAAAUGAAAAAGUGAAAAAAGAAUAGCUACGAUAAUCAAAGGCAAAAACUAAUCCUCCAUAAAUCUUUGAAGCAUCUAUUUAGAAACCAUUUGAUGGUUUCACACCGAAUCAAGGAGUGAAAUUAAUUUAUUAAGAUUAAAAUUAAGAAAUUGUAAGGCAAUAAGACAUUUAAAAUUGGGGUGAUGGAUAGAGAAUGACAAAAAAGUAAUUUGAAGCUCUUAAAAACGAAGGUUUUAAACAGACAACAUAUUCGAUGAAAUAGUAGAUGCUUUAAAAAAUAAAUUCAGACAUUGUAGAGCAACAAGAGCCGAAAAAUACACCGAUUAUAGCAGAAUAAACCAAUUAAAUAAAUGAGUUAAAGAUCUCGCAGUCCUAUACUAAUUUAAAGUAACCUCAGACACAAAAAACAAUUUAAAAAAUCCCUUAGACAGCAUAAAAUAGAAAAUAAGGAAGUAAAAUUAAUGUUGUUGAUAAAUAAUUAUUUGAUCAAUUACUUUCAUGA